AUGACAUAUGAAAAAUUCCUUUCAGCUUUGUUUGCCGGAAUAUUCCUUGUUGCAUUCUUCACAUUCUGGAGUAAGUUCUCGUCAUUCGAGCUUGACGAGCCGUAUUCAACUGGUUAUGCUAAAUUCGGUAUACUCCUGGCGCUGCUCUCCUUCCUUGCAUGGGGGGCAAUAACAGCAGUAGGCACAAACUUCGACAACGAAUUUAGUGGUAUAGAUGGUGAUGUGCAAGAUGGAUAUGGCUAUGGCGGCAGCUCUGAAGGUUAG